AUGAAAGCUGCUCUUGCUCUUAUCUUCUUCGCUUGUGUUGCUGGUUCCAUGGCAUCAAAUGUUCAUAACCAAUUUAUUGGUCAACUUGUUCAAGAAGGACAAGUUAUGGCACAAACUGUUUUCACCUAUCUUCAACAACAAAUUCAUGGUUUCGUUCAACAUGCUUUUGGUGAACUUUCAUCACUUGUUGCUUCAAUUGGCCGAUUUGACAUCCAAGUCAUCCUCAACCAAAUUGUUGAUCAAUUCAAACCUCUCCUCGCUGGACUUGCCAACCAAGCUCUUUCACAAGUUCUUGGUAGUCUUUCAGGUGUCUUUGGUGGUCGUGGCUCAGUUGAUCUUGGUGCCAUCUUUAGCGGCUUCCUUAGUGAAAUUAGUGGAGCCGUUCAAGGACUCGGUCAACAUUUUCUUAACCAAGGUUUAGCUGCUGUUCUUGGUGGUCUUGGUAGCUUUGGUGGACGUGGUUUAAAUGAUCUCCUUGCCGGCCUUCAAGCUCAAAUCGGUAGUGCUGUCUCAGCUGCUCAAGGUAUACUUCAAGGCGUUGUCGGAAACAUUACCACUCUUGGUUCAACUCUUCUUGAUGCCUCAAAACCACACUGGGAACAACUUCAAGAACAACUUGUUGGCCAUGGUCUCAAUGUUCUUGGUUCACUCUCAGAAACCAUCAACAACCUUCAUGGUUCAAUCACCGGUGGUCGUUAA